AGCCUUCGUCUGAGUGCAGCCUCUCGUGGAGAGUCUACUACUGGUGAAAUCACAAAUCUCAUGUCAAUCGACGCUGGACGUUUACAAAUGCUAAUGCUCUAUAUUCAUGUGUUGUGGUCAGCUCCUUUCCAAGUAGGUUUGGCCAUCUAUCUCAUCUGGCAACAAAUUGGCCCCUCGGUAUUCCCUGGUGUCCUCAUCCUGCUCAUUAUGAUUCCCAUCAACACCUUGGUUGCCAAAAAAUCGAAAUCCUUUCAGGAGAAGGAGCUGAAGACAACUGACAAACGCAUCAAGUUGAUUAGCGAGAUUCUCAAUGGCAUACGGGUAUAUUUACUAUUCACACUAUUUCCACCUAUAUUCAACUUCAUUUAA